AUGCACAAAUCGGUAGUGCCGUGUAGAUCUUCUAUACAUCGUUUUGCGACUCUCGCGCUGUAUCGGGCUCUUCUCCGACAAUGCGCCAAAUUACCUGACAAUCUACCGGAGCGUAGUGUAGCCCAACAAUAUAUACAACUACGAAUUCACAGAUACAAAAGCAUCCAGAGCCCUUCCAAAAUAGCGCAUACCCUGAAGGCGGGCUAUGAAGCCCUUGACUUGCUCCAUGCCGUAUCACAAGGCAACCACGAAAAGACCAAGCACCUCCAAACGCUCUUAUCAACUACUUUAAGAGAACGAGAGCGCAAAUCCGCGAUACAACGGGAGUUGACACGGUUGAAACUCGCGAGGGCCAGACCUCCCAGCGCACUCGACUUGAGGAAACAAGCAGGCCGAGAAGCCCAGAGGAAGACUAUGCAACGACAUCCAGAUGCUGAGUCUAUCCUGGCGCGCCCGAGACCGGUCGUCAACGGGAUACGCCGCGUUCCCAAAAUCGUGAAUGCUCGCGGAUUGCCGAUGCUGCGAAUCAAGAAACCCCAGCCCGCGUUCCUCAGUCAUAUCCUCCGGGGCAAACAUCGCAGACGGGACAAAUCACUCGUCCAGCGUGAUUUGCUAACUCAAGAAAUUCAUUGGGCCAGGGACGAGGACGAGUGGGAUUCGAGAACCAAACAAGAACCAGAAAAGGUUAUGUGGGUUGAUGCUUUUAAUUAUGCUCUGCGGAGAAAUAAAGAACGUAUCGCUGAAUUGGACGCCAAAGAUCAACGCCUUGCGGAAGCCAUGUGGAAAGUUGUCCUUGCGGAGCGUGAGUUGGCCGCAAAAGAAGCUAAGGAGAGGGCUGCUAAGGCGACGGCUGCGCAGGGGGAAACAGAACAGAAGGAAGUUGACCAGCUAGAGUCUGCUCAAGACAAGCCAGGUCGGGCAAAGGAAAAGCGAAAAAAGGGUAUUAAGAAGACUUUGACUAGAGAACACUACCAAAGGGUAAGCCGCGGUCAAUAA